CUCGCUGCCCUCCCGUCACUGCGGUGCUGUCGGUCCUGAAUGGUGACAGCAUGAGGAGACAGCGCACACUUUAGUGGUGACCCCCACCGCUGCUGGUGUCAUGACUCGUCUCUUUAGCCGUUACAUCUGCUGAACGUCGGCAGUUACCGUUUGCUAAGCUAAAAGGCAGCUCUUUCAAAGCUAGCUGUGCUGCUUGUUUAGCCGCCGGCUUCUCCACACAAGUGCCUGAAGAAAUGCAGAGAAUGAGAUGUUUUAAAAGUGUCUGGCAGCUGCUGAAGUCCAGCUGUGAGGGAGCAACGAAGUCUGCCAGCUCAAGAAACUACAGCCAAGGCCCCGGCUCCUUCGGGCUCCUCUUCGACAUCGACGGGGUGCUGGUGCGAGGCAGGACGCCGAUCCCUGCAGCCAAGCAGUGCUUCAGGAACCUGGUGGACCGCAAUGGGAAGUACAAGGUCCCGGUGGUGUUCGUCACCAACGCUGGGAACUGCAUGAGGCAGACCAAAGCUGAACAUCUGUCACAUCUGCUGGAGGUGGAGGUGUCUCCAGACCAGGUGAUGCUGUCCCACAGUCCUUUGCGAAUGUUCACCCAGUUCCACAAAAUGCGUGUGCUGGUCUCUGGACAGGGUCCUAUUGAGGAAGUCGCACACAACCUGGGUUUUGAGGAUGUUGUUACUAUAGACAUGCUCAGAGAGGCAUACCCAGUCCUGGAUGUUGUAGAUCACAACAGAAGACCUAAAGACCAUAUUCCAGCCACCAAAAGCUUACGACCAAUAGAUGCCGUCAUCCUAUUCGGUGAGCCGAUCAGAUGGGAGACCAACCUCCAGCUUAUCGUCGACGUUCUCCUCACGAGGGGAAACCCGGACAACUCCUGGAGCUCGACACAAUACCCUCACAUCCCAGUGCUGGCCUGCAACAUGGACCUGCUGUGGAUGGCAGAGGCGAAGAAUCCCAGGUUUGGUCACGGCAUGUUCCUCGUCUGCUUAGAGAGUCUGUACAAGAAGGUCACAGGUUAUGAGCUCAAGUACGAGGCUCUGAUCGGUAAACCCAGCGUGGUGACUUAUAACUACGCUGAGCUGCUGAUCAGACAGCAGGCUGAGGCGCUUGGCUGGGCCACGCCUGUGAGGAGGCUGUACGCUAUCGGCGAUAAUCCCAUGGCGGACAUUUACGGUGCCAACCUCUACAACCGCUACCUCCAGACCGCUCGCCACACCAAGGCCCAGACGCAGGGUAAGACCGGCGGAGGAGGUGUGGAUCCAGAGCAGGACCUCCCCGAGGGCUGCAGCUCCAUGCUGGUGUGCACAGGAGUGUACAGCAGAGACCAGCAGGAGCUGCCCUCCGACCCGGCGCAAGCAGUCACCGAGCAGCAGAUCUUCCACGGUCACAGGGACUUCCACUUCGACCCCAGCCUCCUGCAGCCGUCCUUUGUGGUGCAGGAUGUGAAGGAGGCGGUGGAGAUGGUGUUCCAGCAGGAAGGUUGGCCUCUGGAGUAGGACGAGCGGCUCCAAUCUGACUCCAUCUCACCGCUUUCCAGUCUAAACCCUAACAGAGGCGUUUGGAGUGUUUUUACCUGCCCUUGAUUAUCACAGGGGAGACAUAGCUGUUACUGCGUUAGAUAACAGUGCCAUAGAAUGAGCUGCAAAAAGCAACAAUAUGCAUUUUUAACUCUAAAUAUAGGAAAGUUACAUACAUCCUAGUGUCUCAGACUGCAGAUUUUUUAAAAACAUUUUUCAUGAAUAACACACAAAUCACUGUUUGUGUGUGUGUAGUCGACAUCUGUGCUUCCCUGUCUUUGCAGAAAAUAAAUCCACACAUAGUUUGUGAAGAACGCAGGUGUAGGCGGAGAGUUACACACAUUUUACCGCAUUCACACUUUUAUAAAGAUAGAUAGACAUAAAGCAUCGAAGUUCUCAGAUGAGAGUUCAGGCAUCAUUUAACCUGUCCAGCUAAUGUUUAGAUUAUUCAGGAAGGAGCUCUUUAAAGACCACUGUUAAUCCAGAUGAAGAUGCUUUUAGUCUUUGCACAGAGGUCUGCUUGCCUUUAAUAAAUAUACACCUUUUUGUUUUUUUACUGCUGUUAUAUUUUAGCGUGAUUUGUUUUUAAGUUAGGGUGAAUGAACACGAAUGCAGAUGAGAUUAAGUUUAGUACCUCAACAGUUUGGAUUUCAGCUUCAACCAGGUGCAUCUUAAUUUUAUUUUUUUAAACGGUGUAGUCUCAUUUUGUAAAGUUUUCUGAAUUACACAACAAGCGAGGUGCUAUUUUUCUGUUUAGCGGUUACGGUUGUGAAAUCCUUGCGAUGCAAAUGCCUGUAUUAGACGACUUUAAUCUUGUGCUGGUUUGUUAUAUUUGUAAGCGACAGGUUUGAUGAUGUAUGAUUUCCAGGUGACUUAAAUUGCAAGUAAACACUGUGGAGCUCUGGGUAAUGUACUGUAAAAGUCAUACGGAGAGGGAAGAACAAUUAAAAAGGAUGAAAGACACAAAAAA